AACAACAAGCCCCGCUGCCACAUACUCCACCGUCUGUCGGACUGAGGGAAUACGUGCUGCCAUUUUUCCUUUUCUUUUUUAUUCCCUUCUUCUUCUUCUUCUUCUUCUUCUUCUUCUUCUUUCUCGUCCCCUUGGCAUGUGGUAUAGCACGAGGAGGUUACAGUAAGACCUGUGAUUCUUGCUUUCCCUUUUCUUUUUUUCCUCCUAUUUUUUUUUUUCUUUCUUUCUAUCUUUUCGCUGUUGUUGUGAUAGUGGUGAGGAAAGGAAGGAAGGGAGCAAGGGAGGCAAGCAGGACCACAGGACUCUCGGCGAGCACUGACCGCUGAGGCCACCAGGAAACGACGCACAGCCUCUAGCUGGAGUCAUGCAGUCCUUCAGAGAGCGGAGCGGUUUCCAUGGCAACCAGCACUGCUACCAGCAGGACUCCCAUGAGUUCUCACACCUGGAGAGCUACAGACCCCCCCACCACAACCCCCACCACCACCACCACCACCUGGGACAGAGCCGACAGGCGUACGAGACGCACCCCCUCUCGUCCACUGGCAUGCCCCCAUCCAGACCACCCUCAACAAAAGACUGUUAUGGGCAGCAGGGUUACCCGACGUACAUUGGGGCUGGCAGCAACAGCAGCACCGCUGCUCCGGCUCCAGCGAAAAAGCCCUCCUACCACGAGGGCAAAGUGUCCAGCAGCCAGCACCUCCAGGCGGGGUAUGGCAACCACAUGGGUGGGCCAGGGGGCUACUCGACCCAGUACCUGAGCGAGGGCCACCUGCAGCAGCAGAAGUGGGAGGACACAGCCCCCCAGCUGGGCUCUUACGAGCAGGACAUGGUGGGCCGUCUGGAGCCGGGAGGAGGAGGAGGAGGCGGAGGGGGCGGUAGCGGCGGAGGAGCGUCCCAGUACCUGGAGCAGGGCAUGCUGGGUAAAUCCCAGAGCCUCUGGGACCUGCCCGGUCAGGCGUCCGCUCCGGUCUACACCAGCCCCCACCAGCAGAGCUCGGCCCCGUCCCCUCUGAUGUACCCGCAGAGCCACCUGCACUUCCCCCCGCAGCACUCCCAGCCCCCGCCACACCCGCCCUCCUCCUCCACCUCCCCCUACAUGGACAAGUGCGCCCCCAUGCCCCACGCUUACAAGGGCUACAGCAUGCCGCCCGGCCCGCAGUACAGCCGCCAGCUGGGCAACCACAGUGGCCUGAAGCCCAGCAGCUACCGACCACAGAACAACUACAGUUACCAGCCGCCACCACCACCGCCCCCACCCUCCCGCAGUGGCUUUGAGCAGCAGCAGCAGCAGCAGCAGCAGCAGCAGCAGCAGCAGCCUGUGUCUCUGCAGGGCAUGGCAGGCUCCCAGGAGAGCAUGUCCAAGUUCCAGCACUACCAGCAUGGCCAGGGCUCCCAACAGGGCUACUGCAUGCCCGACAUCCCCGUUCGCUCUCCUGAGCAGCAGUACUACCAGAACUGCAGCCCAAGCUCCAGCCACUCGCCAGCGCGCUCUGUGGGGCGCUCCCCGUCCUACAGCUCCACUCCGUCGCCGCUCAUGCCCAAUCCCGAGGCGUCGUUCCAGUACAGCCAGCCGCCGACCCCCAUCAACCCCGCGGCAGCCUCUGUUGCUGCUGCCGCCGCAUCCUCUUCCUCAUCCUCCUCUUCCUCCUCCUCGGGCGCUCUGCAGGACCAGGGUAUGCUCAUGCCCCCCCACACGCACGCGUCCCCUGCGGUCAACCACCAAACACAGAGCUACAGCGGCGGCACCAUGAAAGAACGCUUCUCUGAGAAGCUGCUGUCCAACCCCAGCCUGUGGAGCCUCAACGCCCUCACCUCGCAGGUGGAAAGCAUCUCCAACAACGUCCAGCAGCUCCUGCUAUCCGAGGCCCUCAUGGCCAACAAGAAGGGUGGCAAGCGGGGGACCCCUAAGAAGGGAGAGGAGUACAGGGGACAGAUGAGAGGCUUGGACGACUCCUGUCCCGAUGGCCAGCAGCAUGGCACUCACAUGUCUGACCCCUACGGCACCCCCAAGUCCCUAACGGCCGAGCUUCACGAGGGAGCCUACUCUGGCAGCACAGAGGAGCAGCUGGACAGGAGCUACUAUUACUGCAGCCAGAGCAGGGGUCCACUGCAUGGCCCGAGUAACCCACACAUGCCUUUAAAUGCAGUGUCGUCUUGCUCUAUGACCUUGCUCGAGAGCCGGUCGGUGAAUUCGUUCUCAAGCAUGCAGACCACAGAGAGCAAUCCCCACCUGGGCCCGAGACUCCAAAGCAUCACACCCAUGGAGGGAGACCAUCACAACAGCUCACUGCAGCACAUGACCGGCGAGAGAUCUCCCAUGAGCAUCCCGGCGCAGAGCCCGAUGAAGCAGGAGACCCACUCCCCACCUGACAUCAAGCGGGUGGACGGCUCCCUGAAAGAGAACUUUGAGGAGUGUGCCUGGAUGGAGAAGACUGCCGAUGAAGAGGAGCAGAUGAAGAACAAGCUGAGCAGUGAGCAGAAGUUUAAAGGGGAGGUGAUUGAGGCCGGGGAGAAGCAGGAGCGGUGGUCAGAGGAUGAGAAGUCUCCGUCCCUCUUCCCCAAGAUGUGCACAGACACCUCGGGCCAGAGUGACGCUUACGAAUCCGAGGGGAGCCUCUAUCAGGAAGUUCACAACAAGAGCGACCCAGACGACAGCGACUCAGCCACGAAGAGAAGUUGUGGAUUACUGGGUGAGAGCCACCAGGGAAAUCUAGAGCCUGAAAUGAAAUCGGAGACGUUCAAGUCAGAGCCGUCCCCGACUGCAGAAACCCAUCCAAAAGCACUGCCAUCUAUCUCGAGAGGUGACCUUGCAGAGGAUCAAUAUUUGCCAAGCCGAGAGGAGAAUUCAGAGACUCUACAUCUCUCCCCCUGCAGCAAGCAGAAUGAGGCGACGCUUUUAACUGCUGAGGGGAGGAAGGAAGAGACUCUGGAGGGGCAGCCAUCUGUCCUUGCCUGUCAGACCACCGAAGUGAGGGAGGAGCAGAGGAGCCACUCGCCCUCUGACGAGGUCGUCAAUAACACCGGGAGACCACAGGAGCCACUGGUGAACUACAGCAUCAGGGAUGAGCAGCAGGAAUGUCAGACUGCAAUCAGCCGCAUGGAGGCCGAGGAGGCAGUGGCGGCGAUACCAGACGCGCCCCCUCAAAAUGGCGAGAGGAGGCCGGCUGUUUGCGACAUCGCUCCUCAAUGUCACACCUCCCAGCCGGCCUUCGCAGCUCUGGGGGAGAAAGCAACACCUCUGGCCCAGACCAGGGACCACAUCGAUCAUAGUGAUGCCAAGGUGCUGGAGCCCGACUCGCCGCAACUGCCGGGUAAAUCGAUCCUGCACUCAGCGCCAUCGUGGGCCAACACGCCCCCAUCCCCACAGAAAGGUGACGAGGACAUGGAGCCCGGGAUCAGCUGCCCCAGCGCCGUGACCCCGUCGGCCAAGCCAGAACCCAUGGCCCCGUCGGCGAACCCGCGGGCCUUCGGCCGAAAGCCCGGCCGUGGCAGACGGAGGUUGAUGCACGCCAACAUCGGCAUCAGGAGGCAGCUGAGUGUGGAGGGUGAGGGGGCACCCACCCCGGCCCAGAAGCCCAGCAUUCCCUCCAGUAAAAGUGCCCUUUUGUCUGACCACAUGGCAGUGUCCCACGAGGACAUCGGCAGUCAGACAUCAAAGCAUUUGGCCGAGAGCUUGCCAUCCCGCAUGUGCACUCGUUCUUUCAGUGCACAGGGAACGCCCAAGCCUGCAGUCACUCCCGUCAGCCCCCCUUUAAAAAAGAAGCCAGGCCCCAAACCUGGGGGAGGGUCAGCCACAAAGGGCCAGGUAGGCCGCCCCCGAGGGCUGGCCUCCAAACUCAAACUGUUGAAACAAGUGGAAGAAAUCCAAGCCUCAAUAGACCAAGCCAGAGCCAAGAGGGCUGUUAGUGGGCUUGGCACACAAGAAGAAAACCCCGACCCAAUCACUUUAGAGACCGCAACAGAAAUGAAGUCAACGAGUCUCAAAGACCAAAAGGCAAUGGUGCUUAGGUCUCGUAAACAGACACCUGAGAAGACAGAAAAAGAGCCAGUGAAGGAGAAAGAAACUCUCAUUGUUCCUCCAAAGAAAGUCAGAGAAAUUAAAAAGCAAAAAGCACCUCUCGAGCAGGUGAGCGAAGCUUCAGACUCAAUCCCGCCUGCGACUCCCCACAAGGAGAUUUGCCUGGCUGAGCCGAGCAAGCAACAGGAGAAAAUUGCAGCCCCCGUCAAAAGACAAUCCACCUUGCAGUCUCCAGAGGCGGCAAAGAGAAAACGGGGCGUGAAGGCAGACAAGGCUGAGGUGACAGAGCCGUUGCCAUCCUCACAGUCUCCAGUGCCCGCCCAAGAGCAGCAUGACCCAACACCGCCACCGUCAAACAAGACAGGGGUGGGGGUCAGAGGGCCCAAAAAGAAGCGAGGGCCACACCCGAAAAUAGCUGUGAUCAGCAGCCCUGUGACCAAAGACGAAGCCCCAGCCGUCCCCGAUGUCAGCGAGGUGCCUAGCGCACCUCCUCAGUGCCCGACUAAAACCAAGUAUCUGCCCCCGCGGAAGGGCAGAGGCCUCAAAUACGAAGCCAUGGUCCAGAAAAUAACAUCCACCCCUGCGUCCAAAAAGCAGCCCUUUAACCUCCUGCCGGAGGCUUUGCCGGAGGACCCGGCCUCCAAGGCCGUCCAACCGGUGCCUGAGCAGAAAGAGGAGCUGCCAGAGGAGAGCAGCACGGCUGUCCAGCAGCCGAGAGAGGAGACCCAGGAGCCUGCAGCUGAUGGCCAAACACCCAGGAAGAAAAGACGGAAAUGGGCCACUGUGGAGAGCAAAGUGGAGCCAGAGGGGGCCUUGGACGCCGGGACGCUCAUCAUCACCACGCCGCGGCUGGCCAAACAGAGGGCCAUCAAGAACAACCACGAGAUGCACCUGAAGCAGCGACGGAAGAGGAGAAAAGGCCAUCCUCCUCCUGAGGGCGUCACUGUAACAGAACCAAUGCUAGAACCGUUGGCAGAGCCAGUUAUGGAACCACAGGCCGUAUCGCUGAAGGAAUCUGAGAUAGAAACGCAGUUGCACGUAGAACCGCUGACAGAACAGCAGGAGCUCCCCGCACCUUCGGCUCUGUCGCCCACCGCGGCUCAAACAGUGCUGGUGACAAACAGUGAUCAGCCUCCCACGGAGCUGCCACCCGAGACAGCCGUCGAGCCUCCCAAGCCCCGCAGGGGGAGGAAGCCAUCGCUGAAGAAGAAAGAGGCAAAGGCGUCCGGCGAACCAAACAGCGUACCUGCCAAGAGGGGUAGAAAACCGGGCCCUAAAAAGAAGGCAGAACUUAGUACGCCUGCCGCAAAGCCUCCUCCGUCAAAGCCUCCUGCAAAAGCUGCCGCAAAGGCUACAGAGACAGUGCCCAAGCCUAAGACAAGGUGUAGAAAACAGAGUGCCCCUAAAGUGAAACAGACAAAGCAAGAGACCAGAUUCAACGUUGUCUCAACGACCACCCCACUGAAACCAGAAAUCAAAUGCUCUUUCAUUCCCUAUGUGCGCAUCGAGAGCUCGGUGGACCUCGCCGCGGCCUGUGCCAUUGUGAACAGGCCAGAUGACGCACAGCGAAUAAAGGCGAGGGAAAAGAUUGCUGCCGACACCAAACCCCCGGCAGCUGCUGUUGCCAAGGCGAUACCCACAUCCUCCUUGAUGCUCCUGGGACCUCUGGUUAAUAAAACCCUAGCUGACAGGUGUCUAAAGUGUUGCCUGUGUGGAAUGCCUUCGAAUUACAGAGACUUGGGGGACCUGUGUGGGCCUUAUUACCUCCCAAACAACAUACCGCAAAAGACAGUGUCCUGGGGGUACAGAGAGGAGUUCUGGGAGAACAGAGAGAGAGAGCAGGUCAGAAGCACUCAACCGCCCACAGUUCAGGAGAGCGAGAAAACAUCAGAGCCCAGCCAAGCGGGAACGAGCGAAGAAGAACAUCCCGGCCAUCACAGAAAGCCCAGGAGGCCGAGCCGGGAGAGCUCACACCCUCGCACCAAUUUCCGUCUGGGGCUCAAAAAACUGCAGCAGUGCUUGAGCCUUCGGAGGCGGACCGCAGAGACGGCUCCCCCUAGUGGUGAGGAGGGCCUAGGCACAGCAGUGGGGAAAGCGCAACGGAAGGCGGAGGAGAGGGAGCACUGGGCCCACGAGGCUUGUGUUGUGUGGACCAGUGGAGUCGUGCUCGUGGCAGGAAGACUGUAUGGGCUGAAGGAGGCUGUUCAAUCAGCUGCUCAAACAAAAUGCGCUAAGUGCCAGAGCGAGGGAGCGUCAGUCAGCUGCAGCUGUGAGGGAUGCUCUCACAAAUACCACUAUGUCUGCGCCAAAGAGUCGGGUUGCUUGUUUGAGGAGGAUGACUUUUCAGUGAGGUGUCCAAAACAUGAGUGAGAGGGAGAGAUGCACCUUUCACCUGCAGCCAGAUGAACCACCACCUGGUCGGACUUCCAUCAGCCCACGCCAACAUCUGCCCAGCCCCACGCCAGAGCUCGCAGGCUGGGGGGGGGGGGGGGUGGGGUGGGGUGGCCACUGGCGUCCGCCCGAGCACAAGAAAGGUACUGCUGUAGCAAUACUGACCCCCGACCCCUGACCCCCCCUCCUACCUUCAUCUUCCCACGGAUACGUUACUCCUGUUUUCCUUUAACCACGGGAGCACAGUCAGCUCUCCAUAAAGGAAAGUUCGAGAAAGCCUUCGCUUCAAACAAGGGGAGAGGAGAGGAGAGAAAGGGACUGUUUGAAAGAAGAAGAAAAAAAUCAUGAAUGUGCCAUCCAGCUUUUCUUUCUUUCUUUCUUUCUUUUCUUUCUUGGAAUGGAUGCUAUCUGUGUGGGACACCUGGAGAUGGAGCCUUGGCCCGUUGCCCCUGCUGGCGUCCAAUCGGAGCUCACAAACUCUGCUGUUGUCCAAUCACAGCCCACAGACUCUGCUUUCAUCCAAUCACAGCUCACAGACUGUGCUACUGUCACGUCAGUGUGGUGAAAAAAAAAGUGCUGUCAUGCAUCGUGCACCCACUGGAUGGAUUUAAAUGUUAAGUGUUCAAAAAAAAUUAAAAAGACAAAAAAAUGUACAUGGUGUGCUUUGCGGGUCUAAAUAUUCCGAUGAUAUGAAAUAAUGAUUAAAAAAUCUUAUUUUAAUAUAAUGCUCUUCCAAGAAGUAUUUUGAUGUGUGUUUUACAAAAACACAAGAUCAUUUUUAGCAUCGUUGCCCAUCUUGGGUUCUGUCCAGCUUUGUGUGUGCAAAAAAAAAAAAAAAAAACCUGCUCGACUCGGGAGUGGGAGCACUCAUUAGUCCCAACC